UCUUCAACCCCACGCCAUAGCAUAGGCUGUAAGGCUUAAAUACUGUAAAAUUAUAAUCUGCUCUGUACCACUACACAGCCCAGACGUUAUGACAUUGCUCUGCAAGUUUCCUUGUGGAUAAAUAAGAGACAAUUUGAAUCAGUGGAAGAAGCAGUCCUGCACCCCCUCUACUGCUGGCCACCUUCUCCCAUACCCACUCAAUCUGUGCUCUUGUUCAACGCAAUGUUCUGUGAGACCAGGCAAUGAAAAAUUUAAAUCAUCACUGAAGCUCAUUGUAUUCAUUAGCAUUCCGUUUGAUUGCAAGCUUCUGCCUUGGAUCUGUUCUUACAGUUGUUCCCAAGUGCAACCACAAACGCUCAUGCUGGCCUAAGGGAAGGGACAGCAUGGGACUGAAUGAGCAGUGGCAAUGGGGAGACAGGCCUUAGGACAACGUUGGGUUACACAAGACUCAGAUGCUCAGAUGAAGAACUGCUGCCUAAGGUCAAUGGCAACAGUUUUGUGCCCAGUGUAUAGCUGCUUUCAGGUUUUCCCAGGUUAUCCAAGUCAAAUCAUGUUGCAGUUUUGGCCUAUAAGGUAAGAUUUGGACUAUACAUAUAUGGUACAUACAGAAGUAAUAAAAGUGGGAAUUCAGCUGCUAGAAGGCAGCUGCACAAAAGGUAUCCAAAUAUUUAAAUGGGGCUGAAGGUUUAGUUGAAACCUUGUCAAUUAUUAAAGCAAAGGUUUGGAAACUACUCUCAGAGUCCCUGCAUGUUGCUUAUUCAAUAUUCAUCCAGUUUACACAGCUUUAGCACCACAGAUGCCAGUGCGAGAUGAGAAUCAGCAUUAAUCGGUCCUCAUGCCCUGCUGAGGCUUUGCAAACUGACUGUGCACAAAGACUGUAAUCAGCUGAUAAAACCAUGGUGCACUAAAACUGGGCACCAGUAAUCUCUCUAGGGUGCUAUAUUUACUUAGUCUCUAUUAGUAGUGAUCUGUAAGAGGUUUAAAGUAGCUCUCAAAAGCAGAGUUGGUGUUUAAAUGAUCGCUGUUGAGAAGCAAGAAUCAACAUUUGGAUGAAUAAAUACUGAAAAAGGUUACCUGGUAUGUUCGAUGCUAUGGGUGCUGCUGGAUCAGCGGAUGACAUUAAUGCUAUGGAAAUUCACCACUGGUACACUAAAUUUAUGAGGGAAUGCCCAUCUGGACAGCUGUGUCUGCAUGAAUUUAAACAUGUCCUGGAUCUACAUGGACUUACUCCAGAAGCUAACAGCUAUGUCGAACAAGUAUUUCACACAUUUGACAUGAAUAAGGAUGGAUUUAUAGACUUCUUGGAGUUCAUAGCCGCAAUAAAUUUGGUUAUACGAGGGAAAAUUGACCAAAAAUUGAAAUGGUAUUUUAAGCUAUAUGAUGCUGAUGGAAACGGAUGUAUUGACAAAAAAGAACUAGUAAGCAUAUUCACGGCUAUCCAAGCUAUUAACGGCCACAGUGACAUGUCUGCUGAAGAGUUCACAAACAUUGUAUUUCAGAAGAUAGACGUGAACAAUGACGGGGAACUGACUUUAGAAGAGUUUAUCACUGGUGUUGAAAGCGACGAGGACCUCAUGGAGUUGAUUACAAAAAAUUUUGACCUUUCCAACGUACUCAAAGUCAUACAGAACGGCAGGAGACACAGCAUCUGAAGGAUCCAGUGACAGAAGCAGCAUCUCUGUCGUCAUUCCAAGGAAGAUAAUACGUGGUACCUUCAAGAGCUUGAUGUCAUCGAAGCCUGCCCAGGCAAAACUGAGCAGCCUGCUCCAGGAGUAAUAACUUUCACUCUUGACUUCGUAUCUCUCCUUUUAUCUUCUUUAUUCUUUCCCUCACUAAUGACUGUGACAGCCACACUUAUGAUAGAAAAGCUAUUUGACGCAGUACAAAUAACUUAUUUGCUCUCCAUGAACGCUGUUCAGUCUAAUCAAUAAAAUCAUGAAAAUAUCACAAAAUGCAAUCUUUCUAGAAGACAUGGAGUUAAUGGAUUUCUCCUUAUCGGGACAGGCUUUUAAGCCUACCGUCUAAAGUGUGGACAUAAUCUUCUAGGUAGGACUGUGUUGUAUUCAAAUCAAUUAAGAAUGGAGCCUGAUUUGCAUUACCUAAAAAUUGCUCUAAUCAGUACUCAGAAUUGAAGUAAAUUCGCUGGGUAACACCUCAGUCAGCUUAAUGUUCUCAAGAUGUGCAUCCUCCUUAUCAAGCUGUCUACCACUUUUGAUUUUAUUACAUCUUUAAAUUAAACUAACAUGAUGUUUUGAUGGUUUUGGCAGGGUUCAGCCACUGUUCUUUCAAAUUAACCUUUUAUGAAAGUGCUGAAAUGAAAUUCUGUU